AUAGCCUUUCUUUCUUUUUCCCUUUUGGAUUUGGUGUGUUACUCACUGGAAGGACAACUUUUAAUUUACUCAAAGAGUUACUACUUCACUAAUUGAUCACUGUACUACUAAUUUAAUUAUGUCCUAUACAUUCAAAUGGCCUUCUGGUCCUCAAGACGUUGUUGUCACUGGUUCCUUUGUGAACUGGACUGAAAAUAUCCCAUUGGUUAAGCAAGCUGAUGGUUCUUUCCUGUUGGAAGUUCCAUUUGCUUCUUCUACCGAACCAAUCUUAUACAAGUAUGUUGUCGAUGGUGUAUGGCAAGCAUCGCAAGAUGAAAAAAUCACCAAGGAUGACUCCGGAAUUGAAAACAAUAUCUUGGAUGUUGAUGACUUGAAGGCCCUUCUGACCAAGGCCAAGUCUAUUAUUCCUGAAUCUGGUUUAUCUGUCACUCAACCUGAAUUAUCUACCACCGUUUUGCCAAAGGAAGAAUUGAAGCAAGUUUCUGUUGCUGGUGAACCAGGUAUUCAAAUUCCAACACAACCAGAAGCUUUAGCUGCAUUUAACGAAGUUAGAGAUGUUGACCCAGCCACUUUGAACAAGGAAGAAUCUCCAGCCACUUCUGAAUUGACUGCAGAAGAAAGAAAGAAGUUGAAGAAGAAGGUUAAGAGAACUCAAUACAAGGCCAAGAAGAAGAAGAAGGCUGCUGAAGGUGGUGCUGAAGCCUCAACUGAAGAAGACACCGAAAAGGAACAAACUCCAGAACCAUUGGCUGCUCCAGUUGAAGCUGCCGUCCCAGCAGGAAUUAACCAAGUUACCCAAGAAGCCAAAGCUGUUGUUUCUGAACCUGCUUCUAAAUUUGAAGAAGCCAAGAAUGCCGUAGUUUCUGAAUCUUCUACAACUGUUAAGGCCGUUGAACCGGAAGGUGUCAAGGAAGCCGUCGUUUCCGAAACUUCUGCCGCUGUCCAAGCUGCUGAACCAGAAGGAGUUAAGGAUGCUGUUAUCUCCGAAACUUCUGCUGUCAAAGCUGCUGAACCAGAAGGAAUCAAGGAAGCUGUUGUUUCUGAAACUUCUGUUGCUGUCAAGGCUGCUGAACCAGAAGGAGUCAAGGAAGCUGUUGUUUCUGAAACUUCUGCUGCUGUCAAGGCUGCUGAACCAGAAGGUGUUAAGGAAGCUGUUGUUUCUGAAACUUCUGGUGCCGUUGCCUCUGCUGGUGACCAAAUCAAAACUUUAGACCCAAAGGCUACUGAGCCAGCUGAAGGGAAAGAAGUUGAUGCUUCUCCAGUUGUCAAGGACGAAGCACCAAAGACUGUUGAAGACGAAGAAGAAAUCAUAAUUGCCGAAGGUGACAAGGAUGCUAUUGCUGCUGCUAUUGCUGCCGGUCACACUCUUGAAGAAGUUGAACCAACUGAAGAACAAAAGGCCAAGUUGGCUGGUGUUGUAAAUGGUGCCAAGGACGCUGAAGGUGCCAAGGAAACUGCAGAAACUGCAGCCAAAAAGGCUGAAUCAACUGCCAAGAAGGCUGUCAAUGAAGCUUCCAAGAAGGAAGUUGCCAAAGAAGAAAAGAAGAAGGGGGGAUUCAGAAGAUUCUUAAAGAAGGUCUUCUCUUAGAUUUUAAGAUUAAUCUUUGCACCAUUCAUUCACUGAUAAAGGCAUAUUUUGCAACCUAGUGAAUAGAACAGAACAGAACACUGAAUAACACACUCGCGAAAAGAGUUGUGCAUUAGACAUUUUCUCAUUACAUUUAAUCUAAUUUUUGUUUGAGUUGUACCAGCACUUCAGACACUGCUUGAAUAGUUCAUUUCACAAUUAGUUUAAAUUGUUUACUUCACUUUAUUUGUUUUAUUUAAUCUUAGUUAUUGACUCUCAACCCUUUUAAUCUUACUUGUUGAUUUUAAUAUAUAUAUUG